UGUGUGCACGCCUGCACGUGUGCGCAUGUGUGUAGGCCCAUACUGCAAAAUCGUAUGAUGCAGUGUUGCGUAUAUAAAGUGACAAAGAAAAUACUACAGUAAAUUGGACAAAAUAAAGUAAAUUACAGUUGCAGUUUAGAGUAGUAUUGCAGUGCAAAUUGUCAUGUCUGUGUCUAUCUGCAGAAUUGGGCGACAGCCUCCUUUGGGCGGUAGAAGGAGAUUGCUUACAGAUCCCCAGGAACAAGCCAUCUGCAACAUGGUUAUACAAAACAAUGCCAUCACACUCACACAGAUCUGCAAUGCAGUCCUUCAAGACGAAUCCAUCUUCCACAAUAUCAACUCCAUUAGCAUCUCAACCAUAGACCGGGUACUGAAGAGAAAUCAUAUGACCAUGAAACAAAUAUACAGGGUACCAUUCGACAGGAAUACAGAGAGGGUGAAAGAACUGCGGUACCAGUAUGUGCAGAGAAUAAUGGCAUUGGAGGGGAUUGAAACACCUCAUCUCCUGGUGUUUGUAGAUGAGGCUGGUUUCAAUCUGGCCAAGAGCCGCAGGCGCGGACGUAACAUCAUUGGCCAGCGGGCCACAGUGGACGUCCCGAGUCAAAGAGGGGGAAAUAUUACAAUGUGUGCGGCCAUUUCUGACAAUGGUGUGGCCACACGUAUUGCAAGCCUGGGCCCGUACAACACUCAGAGGCUCCUCCUCUACCUGGACCGUCUGUAUAUGGAUUUAGUCCCCGAAAAUGAAAGGGGUCUCGAAGCACCCCACCUACCACAGUUUGUCAUUGUGUGGGACAAUGUGAGCUUUCACCGUGGCCCACUCAUCAGAGCAUGGUUCAACAGCCAUCCAAGGAUGCGUAAUGUGUUUUUACCACCAUAUUCGCCGUUUCUCAAUCCUAUUGAAGAGUUUUUCUCUGCUUGGAGGUGGAGAGUUUAUGAACGCCACAUUGGGGAUCAGAGGUCUCUCCUCAAUGCGAUGGAUGCUGCCUGUGAAGACAUCACAGGCGAUCAGUGUCGGGGUUGGCUAAGACAUUCACGCCGCUUCUUCCCACGCUGCAUCGCAAGGGAGAACAUCCGGUGCGAUGUAGAUGAAAAUCUGUGGCCAAACAGAGAGCAGUGGAUGGAUGGCCAGGAGGAUGAGGAUGGUGACCAGGAGAGGGUGGGGGAAGACGGCAACAGCGACUAGUCCAAGUGUUUCAUUUCUGGAACUUUAUUGCUUUUUUGGUUCAUGUUUAUAUUUUGCCAUACAGCCUUUCAGCGUGAGGACACAUGAUAUCACAUGCAGAAGGUCAAUGCAUAUUUUCCUUUUACCUAUAUUCUCUGUACAUAAUGCAGUAAUGCAUGCAAUUUGGUUUGUGUGAAAAUUGUGUGAAUAAACAAUUUCCUUGGCGAAAUGAGUGCACUGUGUGUGGUGUCAAACUUUGGAGGCUGCUCUCACUGUAAAACCCUAUUUCUCCAGUUUUAUAUAUAAUAGUAUUCCUUUAGCUAGACCUCUGACAAAAUGUCUAAGCAUUUUGACUUGCAGUGCUUACACAAUGCCAAAGGGACAAUGCAUUUUGGGGGCAUUGACUAUUUAUUUGAGAAGGAUAUUUAGUUUUGACACAUGGGUAAACUGUUUUGGGAGAGAU